CCAGUCUUUAGGUGCCAACGUUCAAUAAUAAUCUCAAAAUAAUUCGCAACAAACAAUAUGGUAAAUAGAAAAUUCUUUUACAACAACUACUUGAUUUACAUGGAGCUGUCUAAUUUCUACGCGAUUUUUUAAACAUUCCGUCUGUGUGUCGAAAUUUUUUUUGAAGUGCGACAAAAACUUUUAUCUGCAGCAAAAACUUUGUGUGUAGUUCGCGUUCGGAGUCCGAUUGUGAUUUUUGCUGGAUUUUAUGUAAAUAGUGGUUUUAUAUUUUAAAAUUUUUUCGAAAAAAUGGUGAAUUUUACUAGAAGACAGUGGCUCACCCUGGUCGUUAUAGGGAUCGCAGAUUUUUGCAAUGCCAUAUGUGUAUCGUUGCAAGCCCCAUUUUAUCCAAUGGAAGCAGAGAGAAAAAACUGCACAGCCACAGAAUAUGGACUUGUAUUCGGUAUAUUCGAAUUUGUAGUAUUUUUAGUGAGCCCUCUAUACGGGCAACACUUGAACAAAAUAGGGCUGAAACUUACUUUUAAUGGUGGUAUUUAUACCACUGGAAUAUGUGCCAUACUAUUUGGCCUUUUAGACAAAGUAGAAGGUCACUACCCCUUUAUAUCCUUAAGUUUCAUAAUAAGGAUAGUCGAAGCUAUGGGAAAUGCCGCCUUUUUGACAGCUAGCUUCGCCAUAAUAGCAAAAGAAUUUCCCAACAAUGUUGCCGUUACCUUUGCUUCGUUGGAAACCUUCUUCGGCCUGGGUCUAAUAGUGGGCCCCACAGUUGGGGGAGCGCUGUACCAAGUGGGGGGUUACACACUGCCGUUCGCAGUUAUGGGGUCUGCGUUGUUUAUGUCUGCCAUUUUGACGGCCAUAGUGCUGCCGAAACAUCCUGAAGAUGGCACAGACAAAGAAAUAGGACCCUCAAUGUUCAAGGCAUUGAAAAUCCCAGGGGUACUCCUAGCAACAUCCAGCAUAGUGGUCACCAGUAUCUCCAUAGGAUUUUUACAGGCAACCUUGGAACCCCAUUUGAGAAAAUUUAACCUAUCACCUGUGGUGUUAGGUUUAAUGUUCGUAAUUAACGGAGGAAUCUACGCCCUCUCAGCACCUGUCUUCGGUUGGUUGUGCGACAAAUUUUGCACACCGAAAUGCGUGACCAUUUUCGGGACCAUUUUGGUGGCCAUAGCUUUUUGUUUGAUCGGUCCCGCUCCAUUUAUACCAGUACAAACGACAUUAUGGCUAACCAUCGCCGGUCUAGUGUGUCAUGGUUUGGGCAUGGCUGCCCAGUUAGUAGCCUCUUUCAGUGAUGCCUUAAAAACCAGUGUGGCGCAUGGCUUCCAGAACAACCUGGAAACCUACGGUCUUAUCUCAGGGCUGUGGACCAGCACUUUCGCAUUGGGAGCUUUCAUAGGACCGUCGGUGAGCGGGGUUCUAUACGAUGUUAUAGGUUUCUCGAAUGCCUCGAUGUUCGUGGUGGUCAUACACCUAAUAGUAGGUUUCAUUAUUUUGAUGUACUUAAUAUUCAGCAAAAGCCACAUCGCCUACGUGGAAAUCAAGGACGAAAAGGUCGGCAAUGGGGAGGUCGAUCAGAGUUACCAUAGGAAUACGGGAAACAGCGUUACCGAGAGUAUGAAGAGCAUACGGUCUGUGGGCAAUGGCAUAUCGAUUGAGCAAAGUCGCCCUCCUGGCAUGAACAGUUUGAUAGCCUGCAACAGCUACAAAAGCCAGGCCUGGCCGUCCAGAGAUUCUAGUAGUUUAACCCUAGGGCGAUAUAGCGCUAGCUACGGCACCGUAGAUAGAAACGGGGCUACCACGUCGUACCUAGAGGGUGUCGCAUAAUUUUUACCCUGGAUGAUCUUUUGAAGGUUCAACUUUUCUUAAAACUAGUUAUGUGGCAAUAAAUGCUGAGUGGAGUCACCAAGGGUCCAACUUGUCAAUAUUUUAUUAUUAUAAUAUUUAUAUAUAGAUAUUUUAAAUUAAAUUACGUUAAGUUUUAAAAUACAAACUAUUUUAAAUA